AGAAUUCCACAUCCGAACCACAAUCACGUAGGAUUGCAUAGAGCGCAAAAGAAAGGCUGAUUGCAAACCACUCGCAAACCAGGCAAUGAAGAGUGGACUUCACCGGUUGCUCUGAAUGUACUUUUCACAACAGGCUACAGUGAGAUUUGUGCUUAGAUUUUUCCCACUGGGCACAGCCGUCAAUUCAACGACUAUUCCACGUUGGUUGAAAGUAAUUUUUAAGAAAUGACGUGGAAACAACGUUGAUUCAACCAGUGUGUACCCAAUGGGUUCGAAUGAUGUCAGCUUAGGAUGCUCAUUAGCUGUCAUUCUGAUGGCAACAUAUAUUUUUCGACUGUUGUCCAACUUGACUCUCCGUCUUCCAGAGAACAUUGAGGUUUCGAAUUUGGAUUAUUUUUUACCUGGGGCUCGCGUGUCGAGCCCGUAGUUGUGCAAAAGACAAUGCCGUCCGCGGGCUGCGGGGCUAGCGAGCAGUGUGUCCGCGCACAUGAGCAGUGAACUCCGAAAGUUAUCGAAUGUCGAGCACAAAAAAUGUACGAAGAUUGAAAACGAUGGAUAAUGAAACUAUUUACGGGACAAUUUAUCUGGGUACCUGUGAAUAAUCUGGACUGGAGAUAAAGAGGAAUACCUUGGAGAAAUUUGCACAAUGUGCUGAAUGUGAAAUAUUACUUUUUUAUUUAGAGAGAUAGUAGUCUACCUAUUUGUAAAGACUGCCAUUGCAAUAUUUUAAAUGUAUAUCGAUGUUACCAUUAUUUGGAUCGUAAAUAUGUUUGAUUUCAGCAUUCAGCAAGUUCAGUCAUUUUAUGCACCUUACCUACAUAUUUAUCAUCAUGGCGCACUUAUGCAACCUUAUGCGUUGGACUAACCAUAAUCAGCACCCUCAGCAAUAUCUGGACAAAUUCUCGCACAUAGUAGAUGCGGAGACGAUUCAAGUGGUUUACACUCAGGUUAGUCUACUGGGGAGAUGGCGGCGGCGCUCGCCAGCUCCCUGAUACGACAGAAACGUCAAGCAAGAGAGGCAAACAGCGAAAAGGUCGCCACUUCGAAACGGCGCACCAGCCCCAGCAAAGAUCCCCGCUCCUUGUGCGAGAGACAUAUAUUUACUGUCUUCAACAAAGUUCGGUUCUGCAGCGGCAAGAAAAGACCAGUCCGCAGGAAACCAGAGCCGCAGCUGAAGGGCAUUGUGACACGACUGUUCAGCGAGCAGGGCUUCUACCUGCAGAUGAAGCCGGACGGAACCAUAAAUGGGACCAAGGAUGAGAACAGCGACUACACUCUGUUUAACCUCAUCCCGGUGGGGCUGCGGGUGGUAGCCAUCCAGGGGGUGAAGGCCGGCCUCUACGCAGCCAUGAAUGGAGAGGGCUUCCUCUACACCUCAGACUUGUUCACAGUAGAGGCGAAAUUCAAGGAGUCUGUGUUUGAGAACUACUACGUCAUCUACUCAUCGACGCUGUACCGGCAGCAUGAGUCUGGCAGGGCCUGGUACCUGGGCCUCAACAAGGACGGCAUGGUCAUGAAGGGCAACCGGGUGAAGAAGACCAAGCCCUCCUCACACUUUGUGCCCAGACCCAUCGAAGUUUGCAUGUACAAAGAGCCAUCGCUGCAUGACAUCGAGGAGAAGGGCCGCUCACGGAAAAACUCAGGGACUGAGGCUCCCGCUCUCCUGAACGGAGGAGAAAAAGUGGUGGGGCAGGACUCCACAGAGCAGGAUGGCGGCUCAUAGCCUGCACAUCGCCCCACGGAUUUCUUACACCUUGUUUAACGACAACAACAACGAUGAUAAACGACAACAACAACAACAAACAACAACAACAACACAAUUGAAAAAAAUUCUUGCCUGUGAAAUAUUUUAGAAAAAAAGGGGGGAAAUAUUUUAAAAUCAGGACAUUGAAUUGACAUUUUAUGCAAAAGCCUGAUACGAGUGUGGCACCAGGGAGUUCAUCCUCCUCAUCAUGACAAUGUCAAUGUUUCAAAGUCGAGCUCUAAAAUAAGCUUUAAACCAUGGUAGUUCACACACGUUGAUUUUAUGAAUGCAACAGCACUUUCACUUACUUCUUUGUGUUGUUAUAAUCAUGAAUAAGAAUUGUAUUGUAAUUCAUUUAGGGCUCUAUUCAAUCAGACAAGCUUUAGUCGACAUCCGCAAAGCGGUUGUUUUGGCGGUGUCGGAGGUGGAACUGUGUUAGAGCUGUGAAAUCGACAAGAGGCUCCUGGCAUUAUACCUAAAACAGACAUUGCCAAAAAGAGAAAUCCAUGCAGCCUUGUUUACAAGUUCGAACACUGUAAUGUGAGAUGUAAUCUACACCUCGAUUAGGCUGAUAGA